AUGUGGUGGCAUCUUCUACCGCUGAGUAUACUUGCGGCUCUCGGAGCAGCCGCUGCGCCAUCAUGCUCUUCCGCUCCGUCAACCCUACAUCUCCCAGAUGCACCAUACGACAACUUCUUCUAUUCCGACUGCAACACAGCUGCUCAAGUCGUGGUGACAACUCCACAGCCUGACAGUAAUCUCUCAUUAAUCUCCCCUCGACUCGUCAUUGCCUGGCCUGCGGGCAACAGCGGCGUAUGCACUUAUUUCGCGCCUCAGAAUGGUGUCAACGGCAGUCUGAGUAUCGAGGUUGUCAAUUCAACCGUUGGAAAUCCGUUGGCAGCGACGUACGAUGAUAGCAAUCCUACCUCUGGAAACGACACAACCCCAUUUUACGGUGUGACUGGAACUAUUCGUUUCAACUCUUCUGCCGUCCUUACCGUUCCGAUCCUUGGAAGUAUUCGCACUAUUCGAGACUUUGUGGAGGGUCCUAGCCUUUUGCAACCGCAAAUUCAGGGCGCUAUUAAUGCCUCCAGUCUAUCGAACGGUGGAGCACUCCUUGAGCGUCUCUGGCUCGAUAAUAUGACCUCAACUUAUCUCAACUUCACGCCAACGUCAACGAAUUCAACUGUUACUGUUGGCAAGAACAACACCCUGACAUUCGAAGCCGGCGACUAUAUCUUCACAGCUAAAUUCAACUAUCCGCAAUUGAAGCAGCUAUCCCCGGCACAAGUGUUGACCAAUGCCUCCACUGAUCUAAUAAAACAAGACUCAGAACGAACAUCGGCGUUGUCUUUCCUGUCAUAUUCCACUAAGCUUUUGGCUGGUGCAUGGCGGUUUUUGACAUACUUCGGUCGGGAUUCUAUGAUUUCUGCGCUUUUGUUGGAGCCCAUUCUCAGUAAAGGUGAGAAUGGUGCUAUGGAAGCUGUUAUUGCUGCAGUCUUAGAGCGAAUUAAUAGGACUGAUGGCAGCGUGUGUCAUGAGGAGACCAUUGGUGACUAUGCUACAUGGUUGAAUGAGGAACAAUACGGGUUAUAUAGUACUGAAGCCCAAUGUGACUACAAAAUGGUCGACUCCGACUUCUAUCUUCCUGUGUUGAUGAACAAGUACUUUGUAGAGGACUCUGUUGGCCGUACCAGAGCUGGCGCUUUCUUAAAUACUUCCGCCGGAGCGUUCAACACAAGUAACGGUGAUUUGACCUACCAACAAAUGGCAGCGAUUAACGCAGAGCGCAUUAUGAAAUUGGCUGCCCCCUUUGCAGGUCAUAAAAACCAGACUAAGGACAACUUGGUCCACCUAAAGGAUGGACAAAUUGUUGGUGAAUGGAGAGAUAGCACUUACGGUAUUGGUGGUGGCCGGAUUCCAUACGAUGUCAAUACCGCUUUGAUGCCUGCAGCUCUCCGAGCUAUCGCAUCACUUGCCCGCAACAACUUCUUUGCAAAUCAAACUCACUGGGCUAAGCUUGCCGAUAGAUAUGCCCAAGUCUGGGAAGAUGAGACUCUAAGCUUUUUCAGAGUGACAGUCUCCGAGUCAGAUGCAAAGCAGCUCGUAACUUCUUAUGCGCAAACAAUUGACUUCGCCGGACCUAAUCAGACUGACACUAUCGACGGCGAUGUUACAUAUCAUGCCCUUGCACUAGAUGGAAACAACAACCAGAGUCAAGUACUGGUAAUGAACACGGACGACUGCUUCCGCCAUUUCCUACUCAACACCACGAGAAACCAGGACCAACUCACAGCUUUCAUAAACCAGACCGCGAACAAUAUCCGUCGCACCUUCCCUGCUGGUCUGCUGACGGACGCCGGCCUGAUUGUCGCCAACCCGGCCUACGGUCAGGACCCGGUGUAUGCAAGCAAUUGGACGAGUGGAGCCUAUCAUGGAACAGUAAUAUGGUCCUGGCCCUUGGCUAUGAUGGCCAAGGGGCUUGAACAACAGCUCGGUCGAUGUGAGACAGUCAACAGCUCUAUCAGCCAUUCACAACAUACACGUAUCAGAAUCCCCAAUUUUUGCAAAGAUGCUACCGUCUACGACAAUGUGAAGGCGGCAUACAACACCCUCUGGGACUCGAUUGAGGCCAAUCAAGCUCAAUUGUCACAAGAGGUUUGGUCGUGGACGUAUGAUAGUAGUAAUGAUACAUUCGUUCCUACGCCGCUCGGGGUCAUGCCUCCUCCACCGGGGACGUCGAGUCAGACUGGUAUGUUAUCUUUCCACCUUUACAUGGUUAAUAUUGAUACUGACUAUGGUGCUUGUUAG